AUGGAGCUGCCUUUCACAAACCUUGAAGUAGCUUUCAUCUUGCUGGCUUUUGUCAUUUUCUCCUUGUUUACCCUGGCUUCUAUCUACAGUGACCCCCAUGACAACAAAGAAGAAAAGGAGGUCUACAAGAGAAGGAAAAAAAAAAAAAGGAAAUCUGAGAGCAUUAACUCAUUAAUUGAGGCCCUGUUAGAGGUCUACAGGCUAGCAUCUGGCACAACCAGAGGUACAGGACACAGAUUAGAGCAAAAGCUGACAAGAAUGCGAAGUGCUUGGGGAUCUGUAGUGGAUGUGUCAUUCUGA